CGACUCCAAGCCCACAUUGUGUGCCAUCUCCAAGUCAAUACGCCCAAAAUGCCUAAAGCCACCACUCCCUCUGCCUCGCGGCAGACACGACGACACAACCCUCUCGAGGAUGACAUCACGGCCACUGGCAUUCUCAAGAAUAAGUCCUCAAAGAAGAGAUCAAAGGGCGGCGACGAUGAGGAGGAAAGCUUUGUCGACGACCGCGCUUCCAGAACUAUUCUGCGCAUAGGUCGUGAGCUGGCCGAGGAGGAAAAUGCUGGCAAGGCUGUCGCUAAACCUACCAUCGACACCUUUGGCUACGAUUCGCGAUUUGACGAUGAGGCUGAGGAGGAAAACAGGGUCUAUGAGGACGACGAGGCUUGGGGCGAGGAUGAAGAAGUUGUGGAAGAGAUCGAGGUUGACCCCAAUGACCUUGACAUGUACCGAAAAUUCAUGCCCGAUGAGGAAGAUGACCUAUUGAAGCACGGCUGGGAUCUGAAGCCUACAGGAGAGGAGCAAGGCGAGAGCGUCAACCUUGCAGAUCUUAUCUUGGAGAAGAUUGCUGCUCACGAGGCGGCGCAAGAGAGGCGAGAGAACAACCUGGGGCCUCCCGAUGAGGAGGACUAUGAGCUUCCUCCUAAGGUUAUCGAGGUCUACACCAAGGUCGGCCAAAUUCUUUCUCGAUACAAGUCCGGACCUCUGCCAAAGCCCUUCAAGAUUCUCCCCACAAUCCCUCACUGGGAAGACAUCAUCGCUGUCACCGAGCCCGACAAGUGGUCUACUAAUGCCUGCUACCAGGCGACAAGAAUCUUCGUUUCUAGCAAGCCCCAUGUUGUUCAGCGAUUCCUGGAAAUGGUUAUUCUCGACCGCGUUCGCGAAGAUAUCUACGAAACCAAGAAGCUCAACGUCCACCUGUUCAACUCGCUCAAGAAGGCUCUUUACAAGCCUGCUGCUUUCUUCAAGGGCUUCCUGUUCCCUCUCGUUGGCAGUGGAACAUGCACCCUCCGCGAGGCUCAUAUUAUUUCCGCCGUCUUGACUAGAAUUUCUAUUCCUGUCCUUCACUCUGCCGCGGCCCUGAAGGGUCUGUGUGAUAUUGCUGCUCAGGAGGCGUCUCAUGGAACCGAGGGUGGAGGUGCCACCAAUAUCUUCAUCAAGGCCCUUCUUGAGAAGAAGUAUGCUCUCCCCUUCCAGGUCAUUGACGCUCUGGUUUUCCACUUCCUGCGAUUCCGCAGUGUCGACCCUGCCUCUGUUCAGGUUGGCGACGCUAUGUCAGGUUUGAAUGAGGGAGAUGCCAGAACAAAGCUGCCCGUUAUCUGGCAUCAGAGUCUGCUCGCAUUUGCUCAGCGAUACAAGGGUGAUGUCACAGAAGAUCAGCGUGAGGCCCUCCUGGAUCUUCUCCUUACACACGGUCACCCGGCCAUCGGACCUGAGGUGAGGAGGGAGUUGUUGGCUGGACGAGGCCGUGGUGUGCCGCUGGAGCCCCAAGGCCCAGCAUUGGAUGGUGAUGACACUAUGCUCAUUGACUAAUGGGACUGAUGUUAUCGAUCAACGGCAUUUCUAAUGAAUCAAGACAAAUUUGGCGUAUGGCGUAUUAAAAAUGGUUUCAAGCUGGUUCGACUUGAGUGGAGAUAGAAUUGAGUCGGUUGGAGACAAGAAGCCCAUCUCGAUACCAAUUAUAUGAUUCUUUUGUUCCAUCUCUGCUCCCUCUAUAAAUUUUAUCGUGAACUGUCCGCCACUGCUA